AUGCCUAUAAUCCGCAUGCUGGGCCCCGGCGUCGCCCGCCUCGUUUUGUCGCGGCCGUCGCUUUUCCUAAGGCCGCCGACCCCGACCCAACAAAGUGGCAGCCAGAAAACUCGGCAGAGCAUCUCGCUUGCGAAACAGAGGACGGCGCGCGAGGGGGAAAGGAAAACAACCACGACCCCAUCCAUUCCAUCCCACUUCCACCCGAGCUCACCGAUCGCAGCGGCGAUGGGGAAGGGGCCGUCGUCGCGGGCAGGGUCGCGGCACCAGCAGUUCCGCGCCCGCGCCAUGAGCCGCGUCGAUGACCUACAGGAGGUAUUCUCGGGCCUGCAGUCCGCGCGCAAGGACUCACGCCCCGCCGACGCCGCCGUCCUCGAGGCGCAGCUCCAGCAGAUGCUGCGCGAGUGGCGCUCCGAGCUCAGCGCUCCCUCCCCGGCCUCCUCCCUCCAGGGCAACGCCAGGGAACUGUCGGAUCCGCCUUCGGAUACUCUUCGUCUGCUGCAGUUGGCGGCGGCCGAGGAGGAGGACGACGCCACGAGCAAGAUGGUCGAACAGCAGCCCCCUCCUCCGCCCCCAGCUAACCAGAACCAGGGGCACGCGCAGGUCCGCCAGGACAUGAAGCCGGAGCCACGCGAGGAAGCAGUUGACGUCGCUGUGGAGCAGCCGCAGCCGCAGCUGCCGAGUCAGGGGUUCUGCCUAAUGGUGCUGCUACCGCGUCUGCGGUGUUCCAUGAUCAGCUUUAAGCCUUUUGAACAUCUAAAGACGGAGACUAUAGAAGAGGAAAAGUUGACCAUUUCAAAAAGAAAACAACAUCCUUCUGCUUUCCAGUGGUGUACAAGGAUGUUUUGCUCUGUCUCGAUGUACUAUGUGAACCAGGAACUUACGGUUGAGGAUUUUCUUUAUGAUGAAGAUUACAAGAUAGACCUUUCUGGGUCUAAUCUGGAUAUCCUUAAUAAUCUGGAAGGGAUUGUUCAGCUGGAAUAUCCACAGUUCAAUUUGCCGCAAGAGAUAGCCCCUAAUGCAUACCUUGACAUGAGUAACAGUGGACAGAGUGCUGGGGGUGUUUUCCUGCACAUGACAGAUUUGCUCACAACAAUGACUUCAGCACCUUCUGCAUUCCUGAAGCCAAAAUGCGCUCUCUGGGACUGCCCCAGGCCUGCUAUUGGAUCAGAAAGAUGGCAUGAUUAUUGCAGCAUGUAUCAUGCUGAUUUGGCUGUGCAGGAAGAGGGCCCUCCAGGCACAAUGCCUGUGAUCCGUCCAAGAGGCAUUGAUCUGAAAGAUGGCCCCCUGUUUGCUGCUCUUAGUGCAAAAAUCCAAGGAAAAAAUGUUGGGAUCCCUAUCUGUGAAGGAGCUGCCACUGCAAAGUCUCCGUGGAACGCACCUGAACUUUUCGAUCUUUACAUCUUUGAAGGUGAAUGUAUCAGAGAAUGGUUGUUUUUUGACAAACCAAGGAGGGCAUUUGAUAGUGGAAAUCGGAAGCAGCGGUCCUUGCCAGAUUACAGCGGCCGUGGUUGGCAUGAAUCUAGGAAGCAGGUGAUGAAGGACUUUGGGGGUCUGAAGAGGUCCUAUUACAUGGAUCCACAGCCAUCCAACAGCUAUGAAUGGCACCUCUAUGAAUAUGAGAUCACUGAGUGUGAUGCUUUUGCCUUAUAUCGGCUUGAAUUCAAGUCGUCAGAUGCAAAGAAGAUUGCUAAAUCAAAAUUAGCUUGUAAUCCACUGAAUGAAAUUCAGCAGCAAAUGGUUAGACUCAGUGCAGACAGUCCUGUAGACACCAAACGGACAGCCCGGAGCAGGACAAAGGCUAAUCCGAUAGAUGCCAAUACUAACAUCUAUUCAGUUCCAAACACCACAGUUCAAGCUAAUGUUCCAAAUGCUUAUCAGCCAGGGUCACAAGUGGACCAGAUGACAUAUUUGAACGGUAGUGUCGUUUAUGGGCCGCAUCUACCGUAUGGUUACUCGACUGAAAGAAGUGACUUUUAUUGGAACUCAAAUGAUGGGACAUGA